GCGUUGUUUACCUAUCAUUAGCGCUUAUUCAGGCAUCGAGAUAAAUUCGAUCAUAACUGGUCCGCAGAAUAGCAGCCGUUCUCGCCAAGAACAUUGAAGGGUGGUGUUACUCAGCGCCCUUGCACAGCAUCAACAUUCGGGCGUUUCAUUCGUACCACAUCGAGCCCCUGACGCCCCUUUUAGUAUAAGUCCGACGCUGGUCCAGAAUCUCAUAAAGAUCAUGUUCAGCUUUUGGUUUUGCUGCGCCGCUGGUGUGGAUCGGGGCUUGGUCGAUUGGACAUAUAACAUUGAGGUCUCGACCAUUGUCGGCGUUUAAGACGAGGUCAAAAUGGCAAGCUACAGCUACCAGCAACAAUACCCACCACCAGCACAGGUCGGAGCUGGACACCCUUACCAGCCGUUCCCCGGUCCUCAGCAAGCGGAGAAGACAGGUUUUGUGCCCGGCGAGAUUCGACAUCCAUAUCCGGACCAAGGCACCCCGAUGUUGCCAGAAAAGAACACAGGUGCCGGGUCGGGGUCGACCCUCCUCACGGUGAAACGGAGCAUCGCACUUGCCGUCAUCGGUACCUUGGCCCUGCUUCUUGCGACGGUCAUUGGUCUUGCGGCAGGUCUAGGUGUGAGCCAGAAGAACCUCCACGAUGCCCAGAAUGACUUGAAGUUGGCGCAAGCGAGCAUCACGGCAGGAUUUGGGGCAAUCACCUCAUCCCCGACAAUCGCAACUGCCACCUCCACCAGCACUUCAAGUGCGUCUUCGACUGCGACCACCAUCGCAAAAAUUGAGUGUCCAUCCAUCAACGGAACUUUUUACACGGCAACGGUGGCCGGUAAUUCUAGCAGCCCCGGUGGCAGCAGCAGCAAGAAGUUCCAGCGUCUCUGUGGCGUUGACUUUGGAAAAGGAGAAGCCGCCGACAUUGGCUCCGUAAACACGACCAGCUUCAACUCGUGCUUGGAUAAGUGUGCGGAGAAGCAAGGGUGCACCGGAGCGGGAUGGGGUGCGAUCACGAGCGACGAGGAAACCCAUCACACGUGUUGGAUGAAGACAAAUCUGACAACAAAGGGGCAUGAGGCGGUGGACGAGUGGGCUUUUGGAGUGUUGGAGUUGAGUGGUAGUGGGAAGGGGAAGGACAACGACGAUGGUGAUAAUAAUGAUCUUGAUGGGAACUGAGUUUGGUGUGAUAUGUUGAGGAGGGCAAUUGAGGUGACAGGCUAAAGCAAGGAGUCGGAAGGAAUGACUGACUGAUGGUGGAGAGGGGGUAGGCUGUAGGAUGGAAGACUGCUUGCUCUGAUAGGUGAUGCACCGACGCAUUGCGAACUGCUUUGUUCGUUUGCUGGUGUCGAAGUUGUAGCUGACGGGAGUUUUACCGGACUCCAUCAAAGACGGCUUUCCCCUUUGCCCUUUCC